CAAAUUGGUCAUUUUGCUGGCCUCUAGGCCGCUGGUCGCUGUUCUGCUUGCGUUCGGUCGACCUAUUAGCGGUCGGUCUGCCUUGGUAUUGAAGCGUUGUUGUUUGUGCUGCUCAGUGGUUUGCUUGCCUCCACUCAGUUUUGGGCUUGCCGGGGGCGGCUGGUAGCCCGGUUGACAGUAGGAUCGGGGGAACGUGGGUUCGGGGGCGCGUCGCACAACUGUGAUCCCAAGGAGCAUCGACUGUUGACCAUAUUGGUAGUUGCGUGAGGCCCCUGCAGGCGGGGCGCUCGCUACCGGUCGUGUCUCCGCAAUCCUUGGGCAGUCUGCCGCUUCGGAGCCUGCACCUAUUCUCCCAAGCUUUUUAAUUUGGCUAGGGAUCGUAGGGCAUGGCUCUGCCACGCUGUCAGCCGGACUUGGCCCUAUCGGUGCCAGUCUCCACUCAGCCGCCAGCGGCGCCGCCACAGUGGCGGGUUAGCCUGGACCAGCUGUGGGUGGCUAACGCUGCGGGGGCUGUGUCCUACGUCCACUACACGGGGCGGCUCUUGGAGCCUGGGCCUGGCGUGCUGCCCCCGGCGGUGGAUGGGGCGUGGCAGCCUGCCUGUGUGCUGCAGCAUCGCAAGCCGCGGCACCUGUGGACCUUUGAAGAGCGGGCGGCGUACGAUGCAGCAUCACCAGGGGACCGGGCGGGGGCGUGGCCUCGGGCGCCGUACUUCCUGGCGCCGGAGGCUGGGGUGGUGGUGCACCCGGAGCACUGCCGGAUUGCGGGUGUCAGCUUGGCGGACUACACGGUGCGGGACGUGCGGCGGGCCAUCACCGCGGCUAACCCGGCCGCACCUCCGGCUUCGGCCCGCCCCGCAGCCAUGCCGUGCCCGGCGCCAACACAGCAGGCGGGGGCUUUGGGGCCCCAGCCGGCGGCACAGUCGCGGCUGGCGAAGCGGGAGGCGGAGUGGCAGCGUGCAGCGGCGCAGCUGACCACCACGGCGGCGCAGCAUUUCCACAAUAACCCGGUGGCUCUGGACCCCUGGCUCCACCGCACCUCCGCGGCAGCCGGGCUGCAGAACACGCCGGCGAGAGAACUGCAGUCGUAUGCAUCCCCGUCCCAGCACUCGGGUGAGGGGCCGCGACGGUCCGCGCGGCUGCAGGAGCAGGCGGCGGGAGGGGCGGGACCUAGCACUGGGCCUGCCACGGCGGCGGCGGCAGCAGCGGCGGCGGUGGAGGGCGACCCUCGCAUGCCGCCCCCGGAUGCGUCCCUUCUGCGGGCUUAUGCGCAGGCGAGGACGUGGCUGCAGCAGCUGUGGGCCUGCGUUGCGCCCCAGGCAGCGGCGCCGCCAGUGACGGACGCGGGUUUCAUGCUGGGGGACCGCAUGGCUUCUCACCGCGCAGCUCAAGGCGGCUAAGCUGGAGCACUUUGUUGCCAUCUGGACGGCGGGUGGCGCGCUUUGUGAAGUGGAGGAGGUUCAGGGUGGGUCACCGAAGUUGAACUUGCGGCUGACGCUUGCAUCACCUGUGCAGGCCCCCUAGUUUUCCUUUUGGGCGGCGUUUCUUUCCAGGCGCUGGCGUGGUGUACUAUCGUCAUCAGCUUAUCUGGCGCCCUUGUGUUUUAGCUCUGGCUGGCGUCACAGCGCCUGGGCGGCUGUGGGCCUUCCUGCACAGGGCGUCUUGCAGCGGGCUGGAGCCCGCUUAGUCAGCGCCACAUCUGGCCCGUUUAGUCUUCUGCUUGUGUCUCCUCUGCCGGUUCUCCUGGGGUGUUGCUUAAGCAACCGACUUGUGGGGGUGGGGUGGGUUUGGGCGGGGCGAGUGCGUAGCGCUGGUGUUUUCUUUUCUGGCGCGCGGUGGUGGUGGUUCUUGCGGCUAGGCUGUGGUGUAGGUUGGUGCUUGGGUUAGGUCUGGGGGUGUUUUUGUGCAACCCCUCCCGGGGGGCGGGGGGGCCAGCCUCCUGCUCUGUCUGCCGGGUCGGGUCGGGGUGGGGUGGGGUGGGAUGGAUGGGUGUGGUUGGUGGCGGUUUCGAGGUGUUUGCUUUCUGUUUUCUUCUCUUUUCUCCUCUUCUUGCCCUGUUAGGGUUCUGGUCUCGGGGACCAGGCUGUUUUCAGGCAGCAGGGGGGCAGCGCGUCUGCCCCUGUUCAACCUUGUAAGGAUGAUUCCUCAAAAAAAAAAACGCCAGUCGGGGGGCUAAGGUGCUGGUGUACCGGCUGCAACAUGCUUACCUGCCUUGCGGGCUGUACCGGGCGGGCAAGGGCAUUCGGCCACGGGUGACCACGAGGUGCGGGGGGUUGGGGGCGCACUGUCCUCACCCCGCCUGCGGGCCACCUGGCCCGCGGGCGUGGGCCAGCCUGACGCACAUCUUCCUGGAGUGUCCAGCUUAUGCGCAGGCAAGGACGUGGCUGCAGCAGCUGUGGGCCUGCGUUGCGCCCCAGGCAGCGGCGCCGCCAGUGACGGACGCGGGCUUCAUGCUGGGGGACCGCAUGGGUAUGUGGGCCUCAGGCCCGCGGGGGGCGGGCGCGCUGCUGUGGAGCACUUUGCGGGCCACCUUCUUGUACGCCGUCUGGUGUGCAUACUGGUCCCGCGAGCCUGCUAAGCAGACAUCGGAGCAUGUGGUUCGGGAGGUGGUCAGCGAGCUGCGCAGGGUGAUGCAGCUGCGUUUCACUGCCGCCACGCUAACCCCUGAAACCCUGUCGGCUCUGCCUACACAGCUUCUCACCGCGCAGCUCAAGGCGGCUAAGCUGGAGCACUUUGUUGCCAUCUGGACGGCGGGUGGCGCGCUUUGUGAAGUGGAGGAGGUUCAGGGUGGGUCACCGAAGUUGAACUUGCGGCUGACGCUUGCAUCACCUGUGCAGGCCCCCUAGGCUUCCUUUUGGGCGGCGUUUCUUUCCAGGCGCUGGCGUGGUGUACUAUCGUCAUCAGCUUAUCUGGCGCCCAUGUGUUUUAGCUCUGGCUGGCGUCACAGCGCCUGGGCGGCUGUGGGCCUUCCUGCACAGGGCGUCUUGCAGCGGGCUGGAGCCCGCUUAGUCAGCGCCACAUCUGGCCCGUUUAGUCUUCUGCUUGUGUCUCCUCUGCCGGUUCUCCUGGGGUGUUGCUUAAGCAACCGACUUGUGGGGGUGGGGUGGGUUUGGGCGGGGCGAGUGCGUAGCGCUGGUGUUUUCUUUUCUGGCGCGCGGUGGUGGUGGUUCUUGCGGCUAGGCUGUGGUGUAGGUUGGUGCUUGGGUUAGGUCUGGGGGUGUUUUUGUGCAACCCCUCCCGGGGGGCGGGGGGGCCAGCCUCCUGCUCUGUCUGCCGGGUCGGGUCGGGGUGGGGUGGGGUGGGAUGGAUGGGUGUGGUUGGUGGCGGUUUCGAGGUGUUUGCUUUCUGUUUUCUUCUCUUUUCUCCUCUUCUUGCCCUGUCAGGGUUCUGGUCUCGGGGACCAGGCUGUUUUCAGGCAGCAGGGGGGCAGCGCGUCUGCCCCUGUUCAACCUUGUAAGGAUGAUUCCUC